CCCACCUUUAUGAUGGAGGUCGUUAGAUGAAUGCAACCCACGGCCGUCAACAGAUUCAAAUAAGUGAAAGAAAGCGGAUAUUUCUCGCACCUCCGUGGGACUCGGGGCGGCGGGGGGAGCGGGCAUGGCGAGGCCCCGGCUGCAGAGCAUUGUGGCUGAAGAAAAGAGGCUUUGUUCACACGGGCCAAGUAGUGACCGAUCACAUGAUCCUGGAUGCAGGAGACGUGACGCUCGUCGUGGUCGUCGAGACAAAUUUGAAUUGUGAAACCACUAAAAAGGCCUUUGACGCGUACCGGGAGUUUGUGUGUAUUGAGUUGAUUUAGUUUAGUUUUUAGGACUCGCUAUUUCAGGUGGAUCUCAUGUAUGUGGGUCUUUUUUUUACAUUCGAAUAAGGAAGAUGUCCUUUAGGUGCUUUGAUAUUAUGAAAUGUCAUUUCACACAUUAGUUUGCAGGGAUUUCCUAAACCAUGUACAUUUUACGUCCCCUUCUAAUUCAGCGGGCGAUACAUCCACUUUCCCAUGGGAUGAAUAGGUCCUGUUACUGGUCACUGGGCAUCUAUGCUGCCGUGGGGGGGGGGUGAAGCUGUCCUCCAUCAAUGAGCCUGUUGAUCAGGAAAGACCACUCGACUGCACGCCGGCUCCCUCGGUCCACCUCGGACACCUGUUGGGACGACGCCGCGGGACACCUGCGAUGAUUCGGGCUGCUGCUCUCGCCGUGAUUUUGGUCUCCUGCGUGAAGUCGGAGGACUACUGUUAUGAUGAGCCACGCUGCGACCCGUACGCGUGGGGGGACAUGUUCCCGCCUUGUCACCCUCUAAUUGAAGAACACCACUCUCCCAUCAACCUGGACCACCGGAUGACCCGGAACCUCUCUCUGGGACCUUUGCACCUGGAGGGCUUCGAUGAGACCCAAACGGGCCACUGGACCCUAAAGAACGACGGGCACUCGGUCGUGCUGCAGGUCGGCGCCGGCAUGUCGCUGAGCGGCGGGGGCCUUCCAGAUGUGUACCACACCGUCCAGGUGCACUUCCACUGGGGAGGCGUGGCCACCAACGGCUCGGAGCACACGGUGGACGGGCGCAGAUACCCAAUGGAGAUGCACGUGGUCAACAUGAAGUCCAUCCACCCCAACGUGACGGCGGCCUUGGGCGACCCGACGGGGCUCGCCGUCCUCGGCUUCUUCAUCGACGUUGUUUACGCGGACAAUGUGCACUUUGGACUCGUCUCGCAGAAGCUGUCCUCCGUGGCCUACAAAGGCCAAGCGACUAAAAUCAAGCCGUUCCCGCUGGCGGACCUGCUGCCGAAGCGCAACAUGAGUCAGUACUACCGCUACUCGGGCAGCCUCACCACCCCCCCCUGCGCCCGAGCGGUGGUGUGGACUCUGUACCAAGUCCCCAUCUACAUCUCGUGGACCCAACUGGCCCAGUUCACCUCGCAGAUCUUCUCCACGGAGGAGGACGCCGAGCAGGUGACCCCUCUGCAGAACAACUUCAGGCACGUCCACCCCACCUUCGGUCGCCUCGUCUCCGCGUCCAGAGACGCCGGAGUGCCGGCGGGGGCGCCCGGCCGUCCCCUCGGGCCGGACGCGUCGCUGCGGCUGCUUGCGAUGGUUCUGCUGGGAAGCUUCUUGUGUGGACUUUAGAAAGACGCGUUCUUGUGUUUGCCACGCAAAAAGGCAUUUAGGUGAUGACCAGCAAAGAGCACAGAGGAGUACAAACUGUGAAUAAAGUACUGUAAGAUGUCGUUAAUGUUAGAAUCCAGCCGGAUUAACUUGAUUAGUGCUUUAGAAAAGGUGAUCAAAAACUGUAUUAACACUUAAUGACAUAAUGUGAGUUGAGCAUUGAAAUGCAUUCGUGUACAUUUUCACUCCGCUUGUUCUUGAAGUUGCAUAUAUAUUACAUAUGUGGUUUGGGGCACAAAUAUUCUAAUGAAAGUGAUGUUAUAGAUAUUUGAAGCUUUUUAUGAAUGAAAAUAUUUAAAUAAAUGUUAACCUCUGACGUUUUACUAUUUUCAA